GGAAUUGUCAAUUUUUCUUAACAGACGAAACAUAUGUAUGCGAUAUAUUUAAGCGAUAUCCCAAGUAGAAAAAUACUUGCAGAGCUGUUGAGCGUUACAGAAUGUUAUGUCAAAGACUCGAACGCGAUCAAAGGUCAUGUUUACUAUUUGAAUUGAUGGAAAUAAAUGAAAAAUGCAGCAAGUCCGCAUGUCUGAAUAUAGAUAUAUGUAAAAUAAAGUAAAAACAAAACAUACAUACGUAAUACUCGAGCAGUAUUUUGGUGACUCGACAGUUUAGUUGGCCAUGCAUUUAAUGCCAGAUUAGCUUUCAAGAUUUGGUGCCUGCUGACUUUUUGGUCAUUACAUCUGCAACUUCCGUUCAGUUCGGAUUCCCAAAAAUAGUUGAAAAUAGGAAUUAUUUAAAAAAUGAACAAUCUGAGUCCCGUUUUCUACAACGCCGAGUCUGUGCGCCGCGUACUCAAUUGGCCGAUGGUCAACGAGGCCGUCGAGGCGGCGCUUAAGGCGGUUGUGGAUCAUACGAGUGAGCCGAACGCCAAUGCCGGAGUCGAGCACAUGGAGCAGGAUCAGGGCAAUGAGCCGCAGUCCAAUAACAGCAUCAAGUCGUAUGUGAGUCAGCCGGCGCGCAGCGUCACCAUAGCCGGCAACGAUCCCAGCAAGCUAAUGCUGACCAUGCCCGCCUUUGUGGGCAACUAUCGACUGACGGCGGGCGGCGCUGGCGGCGAUGCCACCAAUGUGGGCCGCUCGACGCUGGCCUGCAAGGUUGUCACAUCUUUCAGGGCCAACCGGCAACUGCAGCCGCCGUUGCCGAGCAUCUGCGCCAACAUAAUGCUUUUCAAUGUCAAGACGGGCGAACUGGAGGCCAUUAUGGCAGGCACGGACAUCACCACAUGGCGCACUGUAUCCGCCUCGCUGGUGGCCACAAAAUACUUGUACUUCCGUCGCUUUGGGCCGCGAGCGGAGCAUCAGCUUGAGAUCAACGUGGCAAUCGUGGGCUGCGGCGCCCAGGGGCAGCUGCAUGCCGCCGCCAUGUGCGCCAACUUCAAGGUGAAGCAGCUGAAUCUAUACAAUCGCACCGAAUCCCAAGCCGUCCAGUUGGCCAGCCAGCUGCGCCAGCGGCUGUCCAGCGACAGCAGCAACAGCUAUGCCACAGACAUGCCCGACAUCAAGGUCUGCAGCUCGGCUCGCGAGGCCGUUGCCCAGGCGGACGUCAUCUGCAUGGCCACAUAUGCGCGUGAGGCGCUCAUCCAUGCCAACGAUCUGCGCGAAAAGCGCUCCGUUCACAUCAACGGAAUGAAUCCCGAUAGAGCUUGAAAAAGGAACCACAUAUUAGCAGACUCCACUCAUUUGUAAAGAAAUGUUGUUGAAACAGCAUAGGUCCAGUUACGGAAACUCUUUUCGGUCUGCCGAAGAAACAAUAUAUAGCUUAACGAGACGUUUCAAUACUUAGCCAUAUUACUUAUGUUCUCUUAUCGCCCGAUCGUUUUUAUGGCAGAUAAGAUUUCGCUCAUAUGUUAUGAGAAGCAUGUAAAUUCUCGUUGAAAUAUCUUCCUCGAAGGCCAAAAAACUUGUUCAUACUCAUUUAAGCACCGUUUUUUUCCUAUAGAGCUUAUAUUAUGUGAUGUUCAUAUGAUAAGAACAUAAUGGAGCUUAUACUAUAUGCCAUGUUUAAUAAGGGUAUCGUAAAACGCGAACAGGAUUUUCAAUCGAAACCUUAUGGCAGCUAUAUAAACGAGAUGGGGGGGGUAUCCAAUGCUGCCGAGUCCGGAAUAUGUAGCUAGAUAUUCUUUGCAGAUUAACAGACAACACAGACAAACGGGCAUGACUUUUCCUACUCGACUGAUCAAAAGCGU